AUGGCAACUGAAGAGAGAGUAAAAUUGCUUGUGGCGGCGAGAAAAGGAAUUUAUGAAGAUGUUGUUUCCUUGUCUAAAUUACAAAUCCCUCUUGGAGAUUAUGUUCAGCCUCCGAAUAAUAGGACAGCUUUUUGGUAUAGUUGUCGAAAUGGGAGCCUAAAGAUGGCUAGAAUAAUUUUGAAAAAAGGGAGUAACAUAAAUCAUAAGGAUGCAAAUGGAAUGUCACCUUUACAUAUCAGUGUUAAAUGUGGACAUUUAAACAUAGCUAAAUUUCUUAUUGAAAAUAAUGCUAAUAUAAAUAUAACAGACAAUGAAGGACAAAGUCCCAUUUUUUAUGCCAUAAUAAAUAAGCACUACGAUAUAGUUAAGUUGCUAGUAGAAAAUGGAGCUGAUGUUCAAAUAAGAGACAAUAAUGAUGCAAGCGUGUAUGAUUACGCCGAUUUUAGUGGAAGGACAAAACUGUCAUCCUACAUAUUAUAUAAAAACAACGAGAUAAUUGCUAAUGUUCCGAAGAGUACACUAAAUUUGAAUUAA